AUGGUUUUGGAACAACAACAACAGUCCUCUUCAUUACAACAAACACCGCCACCACAACAGCUAUCACCACCUAACACUGUAGCGGUAAACAAUAACAGCAAUCACAGCUCUAACGGUAUGCCCGCCAUGCCGUCGGAGGGUUUACAUCCUACCGCUGCCCUACAACUAUAUGCCGCCGCUGCUCAAUUAGCCCCCGGCGGUGUACGUGUCCCACCCUGGAGUCCAUUUCUGCAGUUUGGUGUACCGGGGGUCUUUGGUGGUGCCCCAUUUUUGGGCCGUCCGCGUUUUGAAGGCACUUCUCAACAAAAUGCCGCCGCUGCAGCCGCUUCUCAGAUGGCCGUUAAUGCUAGCAAUGCUUUUGCCAACUUAACGGGUCUCAGUGUGGCCAUGCGUAAUGUUUCCGCCGUACAAACAUCGGCUGCCGCCGCUGUGGCUACGGUGGCGAUACAACAUCGUCUUAUGAUUGGAAAUAGACAGAAUAUGCCGCCAACGGGUCCACCAAGUGAAGGAUCUAAUGAUGAUGCUGGGUUUUCCGCAGAUGGCGAUGACGAGAGCAGUGCUGCCAAACGUCGUAGAUCUCGUACAAAUUUUAAUUCCUGGCAGCUGGAGGAAUUGGAGCGGGCGUUUUCGGCCAGUCAUUAUCCCGAUAUAUUUAUGCGUGAGGCUUUGGCCAUGCGUUUAGAUCUCAAGGAGAGUCGUGUUGCGGUAUGGUUCCAGAAUCGGCGUGCCAAAGUUAGAAAACGUGAGCAUACCAAGAAAGGACCUGGUAGACCUGCCCACAAUGCUCAGCCUCAAACCUGUUCCGGUGAACCCAUCCCGCCCAAUGAAUUAAAAGCUAAAGAAAGAGCACGGCGAAGAAAGAAAUUAGCCAAAGCCAUUGAUAGACAGGCUAGAAAACUGCAGGCAAAAGGUAUAACCGUUGAUUUUGAAGCACUUAAGGCUGAAUACAUAUCACAACACAAAGCCAAUGGCACAUUUUCUGAUUCAGAUCUCGAAGAUGAUAGCAUCCAAAUCGAUGUGGUGGGCGGAACAGAGAGCGAUGACGAUGAUGACUUGGAUUUCCGAUCACCACGCGGCAGUGAUUUAGCCAACAAUAGCUAUUCGCCCAGUGGUAGUCCCAAUGGUCUGGGCAGUCCCAUGUCGAAUAGUGGCAUCGAUAAUCGAGACGAUGAUAACAAUAGUAAUCAGCAUAAUCUGCACGUAGGUGUAGAUGAGAAACCGUUUCUGUUUCCCGGUCGAGCAACGAAUUUUCAUUUAAAAUUACAAAAUACCACCUCAUCGUCAUCAUCCUCCUCCUCACCGAAUCAUCAGCAAACCUCACCGAUUAGUAUACGACGCAGUAAUCCCUUUAGCAUAGAAUCGUUGUUAUUCAACAAUACAUGAGUCUUGUAGACGACUGUAAGGCGAGAGCAGACAAAUGUUAUACCAAAAAUAUUUACGAAAACUUAAAAAACAACUUAGAAAUAACUUAAAAACAAAAUAUUAACAGUUGAACUUAAAAGAUAUAUACUUAUGUAAGAAGUAACCAACCAAAAACAUUUGACAAAUGAUUGGACUCAUUAACAUUCUUGUAUAUACGGCAUAUAACACAUAAAUUUAGAUGAAAUUUCCAGCAGCAGUAACCAAUAAAGCAACCAAAAUUUUUGACAGCCAGCCAACUUCAUCAUCAUCAUCAUAAUUACAAGUGAAAGAAAUGCAAACUACUAUAUAUUUUGGGUUCAUAGCAGUUUAACUGUAAGGGGCACUUUUCUUAUUAUUUAACACCAAAAAUUAAUGAUUUAAUUGUAUUCAGCAACCAACGAAUGUACGUCGUAGGUACGUUACCUUGACGAUGACGGACCAUAAAACAAAAUAAGUUUAAAGUACUUAAUUUGAGAGAGCUGUUUAUGAGUGAAUCAUAAAAGAAAUUACUUUAUGAAGACUUAAGGCAUAAUAAAUGGAACAUGUAUAGUAGUAGUCUCUCUUAUAUAUUAUUAUGAUAUGACCAGCCAGUCUGCCAGACGACCAAAAAUUCCAUUUUUUUUUAAGAAAAAAAAAAAAAAAAACAGUUGUUUAAAAGAAUUAUUUCAAGGGAAACUUCAAAGGGAUUCAUUAAAAGGUUUCAAGUUUUAAGACAUUUGUUUGAGAUACGGAAAUAUAAAGAAGUUUGGACUUAACCCAAGAUUUUCGUAAGAAAUAUCGCGAUCCAAACUUUUUAACAUUUGAAAUUUGUUUAAUUCUCGCGAUAAAUUUUUGAAUUCUAAAGCUUUCCUUUAACACUUAAAGCUUUCAAAUAGAGAUCGUCACAAAAAGAAAAUAUUACAAAAUGAAAAGAUCUUUACGAAAGCUAAAUAGCUUUUGAUUAUCGACCAACUAAAAGCUAUUAGAUUGUCAAAUAAUAUUAAACAUUACACUAAUUUCUGGAAAGCUUAAAAGCUUUUGAUUGCAUUUUCUAGUUUCAUAAUUUCUCCUUUGGAUAAG